AAGCUGCUCUUUAUUCAGGUAGAUAAACUGAUCAGCUCUAGAUGGUUUUGGACUACAGGUUCCACGAUCACUGACAUUUGUCCAGUUUUAAGCCAAAACACCUCAAGAAUUCCAGGUGAUCUGGCUGCUUUACUCUCAAUGGGCCUUCUCAGUUAAAACAUUGAACUUGUAUGGUUGUUAACUGACAGAAAACUGAUUCAAGUUAAGCAAAUAUCUGUUUCUGUUAUAGGUUGGUAUCCCAAGGAUAACCCCUCUUUUCCAAACGGAGGCAACUGGAUAUUUUGAAAUAGGUCUUUUUGUUAGACCAGCUGUAAUAGAAAAGAGAGGAUUUCUGUGCCUGCCUAGAAAGUCCACAGGUUCCCAGUUUCUAUGACUAUUGUCAGUGAUUUAGACCCUAAUAAAACUUCAUUGGCUUGCACGCUUUCACAUUAUGGCUAAUCUUGUGUGAAGGUCUAGCAUUCAAAAAUACAAGAUGACAGUAUUCCUGCCUUUAGCUUCUUAUUCACUCUUAAGUCAUGAUUUAACACAUAGUGUACUCCCUUUCCCUUGCAUUUUUGCUUCUGAUGGAUAUUUUUCUCUCAAAUUUAAUCAUCAGGUGCUUUUUGCUUUUUUUAAAGCACACUUUACUUGCUCAACUUGGGUUGUUGUGUAAAUGAGGGAGCCUUCUUGGGAAAGGUGAUAGCUGCUGUAAUCCAGAGAGCAUGGGCUACAUUAAAAAAAUUGUGGAGGAGAGAAUCCCGGGAAUUUAUGUUCUUUCUUUGCAGAUUGGCAGCACUUUGUUUGAGGACAUAGAGAACAGCUUCUUCAUGAACGUGAACGACCAAGUGAGGCUUGUGUGCGACCAGCUGGCAAAGGACCCCAGGCUGCAAGGGGGCUACAAUGCCAUGGGCUUCUCGCAGGGAGCACAGUUCCUGAGAGCGGUGCUGCAGAGGUGCCCAUCUUCUCCGAUGUUCAAUCUGAUUUCUGUGGGCGGUCAGCACCAAGGUGUCUAUGGAUUGCCACACUGCCCUGGGGAGAGCUCUCAUAUCUGUGACUGGAUCCGAAAGAUGCUUGAUCUUGGCGCCUAUACUAAGUCAGUCCAGGAGCGCCUGGUCCAAGCCCAGUACUGGCACGAUCCACUGAAUGAAGAAGAAUACAGAAAGAAAAGUCUUUUCUUAGCUGACAUCAACCAGGAGAGGGGCUUCAACCAGACUUACAAGAAAAACCUGAUGACCUUGAGGAAAUUUGUGAUGGUGAAGUUCCUCAAUGACACCAUGGUGGAUCCUCCUGCAUCCGAGUGGUUUGGUUACUACCGAAGCGGACAGUCCAAAGAGACCAUCCCCUUGAAGGAAACAUCACUGUACACAGAGGAUCGUUUGGGGCUGAAGGAGAUGGAUGAAGCUGGGAAACUGAUGUUCCUCGGGGCACCGGGGGAUCACCUCCGCUUUUCCAAAGAGUGGUUCUACAGGAACAUUUUGCCCUUCCUGCAGUGAGAGAUGCUGGUCCUUUCCCCCCCAUUUUUCUAAGUCUAGUGACACACAGUUGCUUGGCAUCUACUCAUAGCACUUGCCUGGGGGAGGAGGGUAUUACCAGUUGAUGUACUAGAUGCUGACUGAGUGCAUUCACACCCUUAACUGACUUCCAUUGUAAGUGCUCUCCUCCUCCAACACCCACCCAUAGCGGUACCUGCCAAUGCUGUUCAUUUAACAACAUGGGUGGUUCUCCUUGCUUUGAGGCUAACAGAGGGAUAACUCUACCCUCAGGUUCUUCCACAUGUGCUGGAAAAAGCCUAUUUGACUAUCAGAGAAAGCUUUUUUUAAAUGUUACUUCAGUGUUAGGCAGCAGCCAAGAGGAAGCCAAAUGCUGGCGAAACAAGUAAUUACGCAAGACUGCACAAACCUACUGAGGCGGCAAGUGCAGCGCCUUUCAAGCUCUCAGGGAGAUUCGGUGCCUCUCGGAGCACGAGGAAGCACCUGGGUGGGGUUGCACUAGCUGAGGUUUCUUUACAGCGAAAAGCUCCAGACCUCCUCGGGUGCACUUCUCAGUCCUCAAAGGAGGUGGCCUGUGAUGCAGCAGCCGAUUCCUGUGACGCAAAGGGGAGGUUAGCUACAGGGCUGUGUGCAUGAGGGUGGGGGGGUCCCCUCAAGGAAUGUUCACGUGUUUCUGCACUCCAUUGUCUUGUAACAAGAAAAACUAGGCACAUGGGGAUUUUGUAAUGCAAUACAUUCCAAUAAAAAUAAAAUAAAACCAUUAUUGGCA